UGACCGGGGACAGUUACAAACCGUUCCCCCCGCCCCUCCCGCCGCCGUUGUUUGUGCUGAGUCACGGCGCUGCCCGGUGCCGCGGGGAGAGCCGGCGGUCACCGUUAUAGUCGUCGCCGCUGCCGCAGCACGAACCCUUCCCCAUGGGGACGGACGGCGCCCGCGCGCUGCUGGAGCGGGCGGCCACCCUCACCCUGCAGACCGGCAACCUCCUCAACUGGGGCUGCCUGCGCAAGAAGUGCCCGGCCACCCCCGGCGAGGAGGUGCGGGACUGCAUUCAGAAAACGCUGACGGAAUGGAGCUCAAAGAUUGGACAAGACCCAAAUCAGGAAAUACUGGAGGUUCUGGAAUGCACUGUAGCUCAAGCUAUAGAAAAAAUAAAUCCCGAAGAAAGGGAUGAGUUGAAAGUUUCAGCAAAGCUUUUCAUCGUUGGAUCAAACUCUUCUUCAAUCAGAGAUGCAGUUGACCUUGCGUGUUCUGCCCUUGGAGUUGAGCAGUUAGACUCUGUCAUUAUUGCCCCACCUCCCGUUGAAGAUGGAACUAGCCUCUCCUUGGAGUAUUUGCAACCUUAUUGGAAAGAACUUGAAAAUCUAGUUCAAAACAAAAAGAUUGUUGCCAUAGGGACCUCUGACCUAGAUAAAACACUGUUAGAGCAGCUGUAUCUGUGGGCACAGGUGAAACCAAGUAGUAAUCAGGUGAACUUAGCUUCCUGUUGUGUGAUGCCACCUGAUCUCACAGCGUUUGCAAAACAGUUUGACAUACAGCUGUUAACUCACAAUGACCCAAAAGAAUUACUUUGUGAAGCAAGUUUCCAAGAAGUUCUUCAGGAAAGCAUCCAGAACACGAAAGCACACGAAUGGAUUCCUUUAUGGCUCCUCCGGUAUUCAGUCAUUGUUAAAAGCAGAGGAAUUAUCAAGUCCAAAGGCUAUAUCAUGCAAGCUAAAAGAAAUGCCUCUUAAAACACUUCCUUUUUUUUUCUUUUUUUUUUUCUUUUUUUUUUUUUUAAUGGCUUACUGUUUUAAUUUCUUGGGAAUGGGGGAAACCUUGCAGGUUUGUUUUUGGGGUUUUUUUUCCCCCAUAGAGACACUUUUACAGCAUUUGUAACAAAGACCAAAAGUUGUAAUGAUUCGGUGUGAUGUGAGCAGGAGUGUCUGCGGUGUCCUAACACUAUUUAUCUUUCUUAACCUAUUGACCAGUUCAUUUAAAAUAUGAAAUUUUUUGGGUUUGUUUGUUUUCAAAGGAAUUUAUCUCUAGAGAAACAGUUUAAAAUAUUUUUCUUUGUAUGACCAGUUCACUGUAAAUUUUUCAUUAUAUUUUAGCUGCCAUUAGGUACUAUAGAGAAACGUAUAUAUUUUUAUUUAAAAAAAGUAAUAAUUUCUCUUAAAUAAUAGUUACUUAUCUGGUGGGUUCAUAGAUUUCAAGCAGUCGAGGACUAGUUUUUAUAGAAAAUUGUCAUCUUUUAUGAAAAAUUUUCCAAAAAAUUAAACUGGUAUCUCAUUACUUGGUAUGUAUAUAUAGGCAAGUCAGCUGUUUAAUUUGUGUGGAUGGGAAAAUCAGCUUAUUUUUAAUAUAGUGUAAAAGACCUAUAUGAUUUAGAAAAAAUGCAUCUUUCAAAUUACUUUCUGACUGUUACUUGAAUUCCUUCUGGCUUCUUUGUGCCUCAAUAUGCUGUGCUUACUGUUUGCACAAGUGUGAUGGCAUCUGUACUGUUUGAAAUAGAAAAUGUAUUAUUGUGUGAAUGUUUAAGAAUUGAAAACAAGUGAUGAAAAAAAUCUGUUAAUCAAAAAUUGAACUGUGCCUGUUAUCUUCUCAACUGUGGCUUGUUUUUUGUGACACUUGUGAACUACACGAUCAGAAUUGGCCAAGUCAGAACAGAUAGUAAGUGUUGAAGCUGUUCACUGCAGGAUUGUGUAACAUGGAUGACUUCUUUUUGGGGUUGCCUUGGAAACUGUGUUGCUUGAGUGCCAUUCAGAAAUGAUGCAAGGGUUAGCUUGAAGUUAGGUCUAUUUCUGGUUGGCAGUAGUUUGGCACACAGGCUUUUGAAUCCUAGAGAGAUUGCUGCAGCUAAGGCAAGGCUUCUGGUUUAAUGCAGUCUUUUUAUCAAAAAGGCCUUUUCAUUUCCUUGGCCUUUUGCUGUCUGUUCUGAUUUAAAGCUCAACUUGUAGUUCAGCAGGAGCUUCAUACUGAGUAUCUAAAAUGCUUAUUUGCCUUCCGAUUUCAGGUAGGAGCAGGACUUCAUACUAGUAGUACUCGUUAACUUAGUUGUACAUAUUUUGAGCUUUGGACUGUAAGGGAAUGAAUCUUCACCAACAUCUUUCAAAUUCUGUCGUGUAGGCAGCUAGUGGAAUUAAAAUGUCUGUAGGCAGUGUCUAGAGAGUCAGCUUCCCAUAAUCCAUUCCACUAAAGUAAAAGAUUAUUCUUUUCCAAGAUACCUUUUGAGUCCUCAAACAUCUUAUCUGUAGGUGGCAAAUACUGGGAAAUUCUCUUGGACUGCUUCAGUUCUUUUGGUAUGUGAGUGAGGGGAGGAACUGGAACUAGUAACACAUCAAUAAAAGUUUGAUUGUAUUUUUUUUUCUCCUAAUCAAAAUUUAGUCUUUUUUUUUUUUUUUAGUGUUGGGUCAGAGUGUUAUCAGAGUUCCAAAAUGACAUGAGUUUUGUUUUAAACUUGCCUACCAGCUUUGAGUUGUGUGCUGCUGCUGAUUAACCACUGCCUGUAAUUGUGUGUCUGGCUGUUGACAUUCUGUACUGUAUUACUCGCACGUGUGCUCAGUUUUAUACAUUGAAGUGCUAUGAAACAAGAAUUGAGCUAUAACAAUGCAAAGGCUGCUCCGAUGGGAUAAUUAUUUAUUUCCUUUCUGUAAACUGUUAACGAUUUGCUUGCUGUAGAAAAGUACCCCUUAAGACAUGAUAACUUCAAGACGUGGUAAUCUUAUUUUUCUAGAAUUGCUGACAGUGUGACAUGUUAUCAGGUUGUCUCAUUAAUUUGUUUUGUGUCAAAGUGGGGAGAGAUGGGAUUUCCUUCCAUGAGAAACUUGAAAGUUUGAAUUAAAAUUUGAAAUCCUUGGAGGCUUUUAA